CCACACCAAAAGCUCCGUCCAUCAUCUCUCCCCUCCCCGUCCACGCACAGUUCGCGCCACCGCCACCGUCACCCACCACCUCACCUCACCUCACCUGCCGCGCGCCAUCCAUCGUCGCCAUCCCGGAGAUCGAGAAGGAGACGUCCCCCUCCCCCUCCCCCGACACACGUGAACACGAGAGAGAGAGAGAGAGAGAGAGAGAGAGAGAGAGAGAGAGCGCCGCCGUGCGCGCAACGGCGCAAGUCAAUCCCCCCUCCCCAUCCCGUGUGGCCGAGUCCUCGCGCGUCCGUCAACACCACCGCGAGCGCGCACCCACCGCGACGCGGCUAAGCAACCUCUGCUUCCCUCCCAUCGGCGCCUCCCCCCUCCUCCUCCUUCUCCUCGUCGUCGUCCCCGGCGCGGGCGAAUCCACCGCGCGGACCAGCCAUGGGUGGCUCCUCCUCCAGCACCCGCCGCCGCCGCGACGACUACUACACUGCCCGGCCUCCCCCUCCCCCUCCACCGCCGCCGCACCACUACUACUCCUACCCGCCGCCGCCUCCCCCACCGCCGCACCACCACCCGCACCCGCACCCGCACCGGCCCCCGCCGCCGCCGCCGCCGCACGCCUACCACGGCCCGUGGCACCCGGCGCCCCACCCGCCGCGCCCGGAGCAACCCGCGCUGACGGGGCCGCCGCCCGAGUUCGUGGAGCACCAGCAGGCUAAGAAGGUGAAGAACGAUGUCAACCUGCACAAGGACACCAUCAGGCUCGUGCCCGAUGUCGCGGACCCCGACCGACGCCUCGUCGCCUUCACCUUCGACGCCGUGACCGACGGCAGUGUAACUAUUUAUUACUUUGGCACAGAAGGAAAAAACUGUACUUAUUCUUCGGUAUAUCCAGAAUUACAAGCACCUACAAAGAUACGUUUCCAGAAAGGAUUGGCUCAAAAGUUUGUCCAGCCCUCUGGAUCUGGUGUUGAUUUGGGAUUCUUUUCUCUGGAUGAGCUUUCAAAUCCUUCAGGGGAAGUAUUCCCGCUGGUAAUUUAUGCAGAAGCUCUUCCAUCUCCAGAGGAAGGUCAUCAAGCAAUAAAUUCCACUAGAGCACAAAUUACUCUUGCUGUUAUAGAGAAGCAUAACAGUGACUUUCAAGUUAAAGUUGUCAAGCAAAUAUUGUGGAGUGAUGGAGAGAAGUAUGAGCUACAAGAAAUUUAUGGGAUUGUCAACUCAACUGAAGCUGAUGUUCCUGACGCUGAUGAUGGUGAUAUGGGGAAAGAAUGUGUCAUCUGCUUGACGGAGCCAAGGGACACAGCUGUUUUCCCUUGUAGGCAUUUGUGCAUGUGCAGUGAAUGUGCAAAAACCUUGAGGUUUCAGACAGAUAAAUGCCCCAUAUGCAGACAGCCUGUUGAGAAACUAAUGGAGAUCAAAGUUAGAAGUACUGAGCCAUAAAGACACCUUUGCUGUAUGCUGUCCAUGUUGAGGAUCCUUAAAUAAUGAGCUGGCAUGGUGUAUGAGAAGCUUCAAUCAGGUCCUGCUGCCUCUUUCGUUUCUAGCAGACUGACAGAGGUGCCUUUGGAAAUUUUGCCAAGCUUUUCCGGUGUACAAAGCAUGUAAACUGGACGUUCAUGUCCAUAAACCACAAUGUACAGUGCUCUAAGAUAUGACUCUGAUUUUGGGGAUGCAAAUGUAUAAGAAUAUCUGUGUGUUCGCCAUCCUCGAUACGCUCUUCCGCUAUGUUGUGGCCUACCGUCGUACAUCACACACCUGUGCAGUUCACCUUUUCUUACAUUCAAUUCGAAAAGGUCCCAUGAGUAAAUUACUUGGAUCUUGUAUGGGCACUACUUCUGUAAUUAUAGCAACAAUAACAUCACCUAUAUCUGCAGCAUACUUCUAAUUAGUAGCCGCUCUUAUAGCUCGAAUACAUAUUAAUUUCCGAUAUUUCAUUCCAUAGAUAUUAUAUAUAUUUGUGGUGGGGGUAUGGAAAAAGGGAAACAUAUAUUGGCAAACU